AUGCUGGCCAACACGACCUCGAUCGCAGAGGCCUGGGCCAGACUGGACUACAAGUUUGACUUGAUGUAUGCGAAACGAGCCUUCGUCCACUGGUAUGUUGGAGAAGGAAUGGAGGAAGGUGAGUUUAGCGAGGCGCGAGAAAAUUUGGCGGCGCUGGAAAAAGAUUAUGAGGAAGUUGGCUUGGAUAGCAUUGACGAUGAUUAUUGA